AAUCCAUUAGAUGAACACCGAACGCGCAUCAAUCUGCAUGUUCCUCCGGCAGGAAUGAGGAAUUUGGAGCCUUGGAUUGAUACGGAGCGUCGCUUCAGCGCGUCUAAACUCCUCCCGCGGUCACUAUACGAGGGCAUCAUGUGGCCACCACCAGCCUGGCAGACGCGCUGCGCACAGGCUAUAUAAGCUCGGCAGCUGUCAGGUGGAGGACACUGGCAGCUCUGCACUGCAUUGCUCUGUACUGCGCUGGGAGAUUACACAGCCUCUGCAGAAAACACAUUAGCAAUGUCUCACGCUUGGGGAUACGGAGCGGAUACCGGACCCGACAAAUGGGCUGACAGCUUCCCAAUCGCGAACGGACCCCGCCAGUCGCCCAUCGACAUCGUUCCGGGUGAAGCGUCGUACGACCCGGCGCUGAAGCCACUCGUCCUGAAGUACGACCCAUCCACCUGCCUGGAGAUCCUCAACAACGGCCAUUCCUUCCAAGUGACCUUCCUAGACGACAUUGACAGCUCAACUCUGAAAGACGGACCCGUCUUAUUUAACCACAGACUGAAGCAGUUUCAUUUUCACUGGGGGGCUUCAGACGACCACGGGUCUGAACAUACUGUGGCCAGGACCAAAUACCCAGCUGAACUCCAUCUGGUGCACUGGAACACUAAAUAUGCAAACUUUGGGGAAGCCGCCAGUCAGCCUGAUGGGCUUGCUGUAGUUGGAGUCUUCCUUAAGAUUGGUGAAAAAAAUCCUAAUCUCCAGAAACUUAUUGAUGCAUUUGACUCAAUCAAGACCAAAGGCAGCCAAUGUUCCUUCGCUGACUUCAACCCUGAGACGUUGCUGCCUGGUUGCCUAGACUACUGGACGUACGAGGGCUCUCUGACCACGCCUCCUCUGCUGGAAAGCGUCACUUGGAUCGUCUGCAAAGAGCCUAUCAGCGUCAGCUCUGAGCAGAUGGCCAAGUUUCGCAGCCUCCUCUUCUCCGGUGAGGGCGAGACCGAAUGCUGCAUGGUGGACAACUACCGCCCUCCGCAGCCACUCAAAGGUCGCACUGUCCGUGCUUCCUUCAAGUAGUUCCCAUCCCCCUCUCCUGCCCUUUUUCCUCCCUUCCCCCUUUCAGAAAUACCUUUUUUUCCCCUGCAAACCAUAGGAAGAAGACAUAUCUCUCUUCGUCCAGCUCUAAAACUCAAAUUCCUGUAAAACAAAUGCAUUUAUUUCUGAAUCCAAGAAGCAUGGCCUGUUAAAGUUUAUUUUUAAAGGGGCAGUAUUGUGUAUUUUCAGGACACAUAGUGCCAUAAAAUGCUGUCAAGAAAAGAAAUUUGACUUUGCAAUUUAACACCUUGGAAUUGGGCCUCUGUCUCUUUAAGAAGCUCCUGCUUUUUUGGAAACUCCUCCUUCAGGAAGUCAUAGCAACAAGUUUUUCCAUUAAACCUGUACCGCUCAGUUCCCCCAAGCAUUUCUGCACCCAGAAAGGCUGCCUGGGGAGAUAAAAAUAUUUCUCAAAUACGAAUGAAAUAAUCAAACCAACGCUCCAGUUAUGUUUUUGAUGAGGGAUUAGCAUUAUAACAUGAUGUAAAGCUAAAACGUUUUACACAAUACUGCCUCUUUAAAGUCAAACAUGUCAUGUUGGCUUAAAUAUUUUCACCAGAGUGGGGCGCUGCAGAAACCACAGGCUGCAUAGCUCCAGUUAAUGGGGGAGGAUAACAGCAUAUCACCGUGUGUGAGUUACAAGGUGCCAAAAGUGGACACAGACAUGAGGACACUCCCGCUGCCAAUCUAGCUGUAAUCUCUAACUGCCUGCCAGCCUCUGCAACACAGCAGCUUACUGAACCGCUGCAGCCGCCUCCACUGCAAGUGAUUGACUUAGAAAAUCCCCCUCUGGCUCAUACUCCAACACACACACACCCCCCCACACACACACACACGUGCAGUCCCAUGCAGACAUGCAGCCUGAAGGCAUUGACCUCCUUAUUGAUUCAAAUUGUACAUAAGGGCUGACAGCUCCAUGACAAUAGCUUGUAACGUUUAUUUUUAUAGUCUAUUUUCUUUAUUUUUAUGAUGAAUUGUCUUUUAAAUCCUGACAGCUUUUUAAAUAAUUCUUAAAUAAUGCAUUGUGACAAAAAUCACCUUCUUUUUUUGCUUAAAUCCUGAUAAUUAUAGCAAUAAGGAGCAAAUUGGCACAAUUGUUGAGUAAAGAUGAACUGUAGCCUUGUGGCCAUACAGCAUAGCAGCUAGCAUUAAACGCCAAUGAAGAAACCGUCCUGGGAGGAAAACAUGAAAGGUCCUGUCAGCUUGGUGUUCUUUACAAUAGAGUGAUUAAGAAAACGCCCUUCAGAACGUCUGGGUGCAGCACCUGUUACUCCAGAAAGGUUUGAAAGAAAUGUGUAAUAGAAAGGUGAAUGAGUAAUGCUGCGGUUAAAGGUGUGUAAUGGUAUUUUUUUGGGUGUGAACAUUUAAUAGUUGAAUAAAUACAUUUUAUGAUUAA